AGCGCAGCCCCGGCGCGGGGAGCGCCGGCCGGGCGAGGGCGCGGGCGAUGCCGCGGUGACGGCCCCGCCAUGGCAAAGCCCCCGGCGGCGGCGGCGGUGGCGGCGGCGGCGUCGGAGGAGCUGAGCCAGGUGCCGGACGAGGAGCUGCUGCGCUGGAGCAAGGAGGAGCUGGCGCGGCGGCUGCGGCGCGCCGAGGGCGAGAAGGUGGGCCUCAUGCUGGAGCACGGCGGCCUGAUGCGCGACGUGAACCGGCGGCUGCAGCAGCACCUGCUGGAGAUCCGCGGCCUCAAGGACGUGAACCAGCGGCUGCAGGACGACAACCAGGAGCUACGCGAGCUCUGCUGCUUCCUCGACGACGACCGGCAGAAGGGGCGCAAGCUCGCGCGCGAGUGGCAGCGCUUCGGGCGCCACGCGGCCGGCGCCGUGUGGCACGAGGUGGCCCGCUCGCAGCAGAAGCUGCGCGAGCUCGAGGCGCGCCAGGAGGCCCUGCUGCGCGAGAACCUGGAGCUCAAGGAGCUGGUGCUGCUGCUGGACGAGGAGCGCGCGGCGCUGGCGGGGGGCGCGGGCGGCGCGGGCGGCGGCGGCGGCGGCGGCGCGGGCUCCCGCAGCUCCAUCGACAGCCAGGCCAGCCUGAGCGGGCCGCUGGCGGGCGGCGCGGCGGGCGCGGGGACCCGCGACGUGGGCGACGGCAGCAGCACGUCCAGCGCGGGCAGCGGCGGCAGCCCGGAUCACCACCACCACGUCCCGCCCCCGCUGCUGCCCCCCGGGCCGCACAAGGCCCCCGACGGCAAGGCUGUAGCCACGCGCAGGUCCCUGGACGACCUGUCGGCGCCACCGCACCACCGAAGCAUCCCCAACGGCCUGCACGAUCCCUCAUCCACCUACAUCAGGCAGCUGGAGACCAAGGUGAAGCUGCUGGAGGGUGACAAGAUCCUUGCACAGCUACCCCGCCCCUACGGCCGCCCAAGAAGCUGGCUUCAGCAGGCGGGCUCCGGAGAGUUCCGGACGCUGCGGAAGGGCUUCUCCCCGUACCACUCGGAGUCCCAGCUUGCGUCCCUGCCACCCUCCUACCAGGAUUCCCUGCAGAACGGCCCAGCCUGCCCCGUCCCCGAGCUGUCCUCGCCCCCUGCCGGCUACAGCUCUGCAGGACAGAAGCCCGAGGCUGUGGUGCAUGCCAUGAAGGUCCUGGAGGUGCACGAGAACUUGGACCGGCAGCUCCAGGACAGCUGUGAGGAGGACCUGAGCGAGAAGGAGAAGGCCAUCGUCCGCGAGAUGUGCAACGUGGUCUGGAGAAAACUGGGAGAUGCCGCCAGCUCCAAGCCCUCCAUCCGGCAGCACCUGUCUGGGAACCAGUUCAAGGGGCCUUUGUAGGGCUGUUCCUCCAUGGAUGUGGACUGGCCCUGCCCGCAGAGCCCAGACAUGGGCAGGCCCUCGCGCCGUCUUUUUCUGUGGUGAAUUGUACAUAGGACGCCGCCCACUGUGGCCCGGCUGCCGUGGGUCCAACGCAUCAACGGUCGGGCCUCCAUCCCCCGCCUCUCACACACCAGCAAACUGGGAAGAUAAGAAGCUGCUGACUGUUCCCCGCGCGGCAGAGCGGCCUGGAGCCUCGUUCCUGCUCUGGGGCUGGCGCUCUGGGCCCCACUGGUGAGAGGCCCGGGAACCAGCCCAGGCUGUGCCCAGCUUUGAUGGAGGGGCACCUCCUCAAGCCCUCCACCCCCCUAGCUGCCACCGGCACUGGACAGAGGCCACUGGCAGCUGGCCCUGAUGCAGGGGCCCUACUUCUCGCCCACCUGCUGUGGCCUGAACGCUGGCUCACCAAGCACUGGGGCCCCUGAAAGAUGCACAAGGAAACUCACCGUGUCCAUGGCUGGCUGGAGGCUCUGAGGCCCUUCCUGUGGCCUCUGUGCCAGCCCCUCUGUGGCCAGCUGCUGCUUGUUUUUAGAGUUGAUGCCCCCCCCCCCCCCCCGCCGCAAACUCUCUGCAAUGUCCCCUUGCCCUGUGCCAGGUGGUGCCCUGUCUUUGGGUCCCUCCUGCCCAGUGCCUGCAGCAUCCCCAAUUCUGUGGUUCCCAGGCUGGGCCAGGAACGUAGGAAGGCCCUGUGGAGAGUCUCUGGGCUGAGCCACAUGCUCUUUCUCUCCAGAUGGGUAGCACUGGGCCAUGGCUGCACCUCUGGCCAGCUGCAGUGGCCCCAUCCUAGGUCACUGUGGACAGAGCUGCAUGGCCUCAGAUGACAAGAAUUCUGCCCUCCUUGGAAGGAGCCUGACCUGGCUCUGGCUUUAAUUUGCUGUGUGACCUUCAGCAAGUCACUCAGCCUCUAUAGGCCCCUGGUGGAAAAAUAUGGCCUCAGUGGUUCGUUCAGCUGUGCUCACCAUUUGAGGCCAUCAGCUCUGUCGGCCUGUGCCCUCGUUCACAGCACACACACGGAAGGGGUCCGCCUGCUGGAGAGGCCGCGGGCCGCGUGGGCUGGGCGGAGCUGGGGCCCCAGCGAGUUCUGCUGCCUCAUCGCGGGCGGACGGUCACCUCCCCUCUCUGAGCCUCAGUGUCCUCCACUGUAGAAUGGGCAGCAGAAUGCCCUCCUUGCAGGGCUCUGGGGAUAAUGAGACCAUCAGUGUAAAUGACCAUGUACAAACUGUAAAGUGCCAUAGGUCAGUUUCUGUGUGUGGCGGGAACAUGAGGCCCAGGGGGAUAAGUGAUCUGUGGCACAUUACAAAUGAGAUCCCAGACCCUGGAAGGAGGUAUGGUCACCAUUAAUGCUGUCAUAACCAGUCCUGGUGUCCACUCAUGUUUGUCCAGUUCCUCACCCAGCCUCGGACUUCAUCACUCUUCCCGUGGUACUGAGCACUGCAUGCAGCAAGCACUUGAAGAGCCCAGAGAGGUGCCUUCACAUCAGGCGGGCCUUGUCCAGGCCCAUGUGAGGGAUGGGGCCCAGGCAUGGGGGUGGAAGGGGCCACCCUGUCCCUCUCCCCAGUGGGGACUCUGAGCAGUUCCUGCGGUUCGCCAUUGGCACCGCUGCGUUGUACACUCUCAGGCGAAAGGCUCGUGGCCCUCAUCGUACCCAGGGGUGCUAAGUAGGUGACAGGCUUGUUCCUCUUGCCCUGGGUAUUACAGGGAGCUCUGGGCUCUUUCUGGAAGGAGCUUACCAUCAGGUCAGGUGGUGAGCUCCCUGUCACUAGGGGUGUGCACUUGGAGCUGGUGAACAUCCUUGGUCAUGGUACUGGGCAAUUCUUGCUCAAGUGGGCAGUGAGGGCAGAGGCCCCCUCUGGGUCUUGGAGUCCAGAGAACCACAGAGCAGCCCCAAGGGGGUGUGGGUCCAUUUUGGGUGGGAGCCAAGUCUCGGAGCCCAUUCAUCAUGGCUGGGUUGGGUUGGCUUGGCCACCCCUGAAAAUAAGCAAUAAGUAAGCGCUCCUGGUAUCUGCAAACCUCCUGCAGACUGUCCCCGGGAAGAACAGCCUUGAAGGGCCCUUGCCCCUCUGCAGGGGAGUGACUGUCCCUCACGCUGCGGGGGUGUCCAGGUGGAGCACUUCUGGCCCAAGAACCCUCCUGCCUGCCGUGGAGGUGGCACAAGCCAGGUGCAGACGCCUCCUUCCCACCCUUUCACCAACGCUGCACGGGAUGGCUGUCUAGGACAGAACUGUACCUGGGACAGUCAUCUCCCUAACGUAAUAACCUGUUAAAAAAAAAGCCAGCAGCCCUCUCCCUGACCCCACACCCGGGGACAGCAGGCAAUUCAGCAGGAGCCCACAGGCGGGGGAGGGUCCCAGGGGCCUCACCACAGGGGGAGCCGGAGGCCAGCUCAGGGCGAUUCCCAGCUCUGCCACUGUUAGUGUGCUAGUGUACGUAGGGGGACAUGGGGCGACCCUCCUCCCCGCCGGAGCCUUAGGGCUGGAAGCACGUGGUCGGGGUGGGGUGUUGCCGAACUUGGCGUCCUUUCAUAAAGGUCCCUCUCUGUCUCACAAACUGAUUCUAGAGCCUGAAGCCCAGUGUGACACCUGUACUGUGGCUUCAGUUCCCACUGUGACCGAGGCCACCCUUCCAGCCUCACCUCAGGUGGCCAAGACCAUCCUGGAAUCGGAAUCUGCUGAGCACAUUUUUUAGGGUGGCACAUUUUUAUCCAAAAGUUAUUAGCUACACAUCAGUGUUUAAAGAGAAGAAAGUGACCUUUCAUUUUUUUUCCUUGAAAACUUGAGAGGAAACAACAUACUACUGAUUUUUUUUUUUAAAGAUACAAAGUAAAUGCAUGACUGCAGAGCGGUAGAGGUGUAUAUUUUUCAUAAUGUGGGGGGAAGUAUUUGUGCUGCUUUCUGGAAACGGGCUGGAACGUCUGGUUCCUGUCCCCGGCCGGCAGCCAUGCUCUAUUUUCUGUAGAACGUGACGCCGUGAGAACGGGCCAGCCCCUCCCCGGCUCCGGGCAGAGCUGGGACUCCUGUGCCCGUUUCUACCUUCUAUCGAACCACUUUGAUUUGAGAAGAGAAAAAGAAAUAGAACUUUUUGAUAGUGUGGUAAAAACAUUGAUUUGAACUAUUUUAGUAAAAGGAGUAACAGAGAAUUGUGAUAGUGUCUACUUUGCGCUAGAUAAAUAAAGGCUCUUUGCAAGCCUC